AUGGCGGAGGCAGCACGCAACGUGCGUCACUACGUUAGUGAUUGUCUGCAGGAAAGGCACCCAUACGAUACCGUGAAGGCCUUUGCUGGUCGCCCAGAGCGUGACAGGGGUUUGGUGUACAGUGGGUUGCAGCCGCUUAGCACGGACAACUGGAUUGGCAGUCUCAGCGACCCUACCGUGGGCAACACGCAGCGUGUGAGGACGUUACGUCUUCUUAUUGCCCACUCUGCCUCUCAAGAGAUGAAGAUAACUCUGUUGCGUAAAAGCAUUGUGCCUGUUGUUGUUGCCGCGUUGAACAAUACGCCAGAUGCGGACUUUGAGUCUCAGGCGUUUAGUUUGCUGCGAUCGCUUUGUGUACUUCCGCAAGGGUGUCAUAGUGUUAUAGGCGAGGGUGGAUUAGAGGCUGCCAUUCGAGCUAUACAUGAUCAAUCCAAUCUCGAGGCACGCCUUGACGCGAGAACGAUGGCAGUAAUGGUGCUUUACCAGAUCAGCUUUAACACGGCGGGUGUUCGUUGGUUAUUGGGGGCGGAUGUGCCACCUGGGUUUGAGUUACUAGACAACACCGCUGGUUCCUCGACGCUGGUGAUGACUAAGGACGAUGUCAUUGCGGCUCUUGUCUUCGUUGUGAAAAAUGAUGCCCACACGGCUCUCGACAUGCUGCUUUACGCGAUCACCUCGCUCGCUCAACUGACGGCAGUAACGGAGGGAAUUUUUGCCGUAUUACAAGGAAACACUGUGACAGUGGUUAGCUCCCUUUUGCGCAGUUACACCUUGGACACCCACUGGCUGGUGGAGGAGGAAAAAAUACGGGUUGUAUCUCAACUUCUUAUCGUCAUGUGGAAUGUUGCGCUAGAGCAGCGCGGUGUGGAACACUUGGACGAGCUUGGCGUCGCCGACGAUCUCUUUCGGCUGUUUGGCGUGGUGCACAAGCGUCCACUCUGGUUGCUUGGCCCACUAUUCCGGGCCUUGACCGGGGCGCUAUCGGCGGUCUACAAACUACUUUCGGUGAAGAUGCGGAGCCUUGAGCCACUCAACGGGGAUACCUCCCGUAUUGAGACCCUUUACCAAUUUCUUCGCAGCAUCAACGAUAGUGUGAAUUUGUCGCGGCGUACGGAGCGGGAGCCACACCCCAACGUAGUGGCCACUUUAAAGAAUGUGGUGCUCUGCACACACUUCGCGGCGGAGGUAAAGGCGGUUCGUGACUUUACACACAAGUAUCUGAAGGAAAUGGCCAAAGAAGGUACCACGGAGGCGUUUUACUUCAGACGUCAACUGUUUUACUCCACCAAGUGGGAAGAGGAGUUCGACGCCUCCGUGUAG